AUCAGGAGUUUGAAUUUUGUGCUCUUGAACAUACCCCAAUCGCACUACAUUUCCCAAAAUGCCCAUGUUGCCGUUUCAGUAGGUUCAAAGUUCUGUAUUUUCAUGGCCACGAAGGAAAUUCGCUAUUUUUAUGUUAUGUGAGUUUGUGAACUUCAGUUUGUGUGAAGUUUAUUUCGAACAGAUUGCCGCUGGUCGUCAAGAGUUUUUUGUUCGUUGGUGUAAUUGCACAGCAAACAGGAACACAACGUCCACUCUAGGUUUAUUUGGAACAUCAGAAUGGCAGAGCCACAGUGGGCGGGUAAUAUGCCCGAGGAUGUGGACACAGACGACUGCAUGACUUCAUACACUCACAUUUACAGUCCAGAUUUACUCAAAGACCAAGUGGCGUUCAUAACUGGAGGAGGAUCUGGAAUUGGACUACGUGUAGCUGAAGUGCUCAUGAGGCACGGCUGUGACACAGUGAUUGCUAGCAGAAACCUGGAAAGGCUCACAGAGGCUGCUAAGAAGCUGACAGCAGCAACAGGGCGCCACUGUCUACCCCUGGCAACUGAUGUCCGCCAGCCACAGACCAUCUCUGCUGCAGUGGAUGAGACGCUGAAAGAGCUGGGCAGGAUUGAUAUUCUUAUUAAUAAUGCUGCUGGAAACUUCCUGUGCCCCGCAAGCUCCCUCUCCUUCAACGCCUUCAAGACAGUCCUGGAGAUAGACACCAUGGGAACAUUCAACACCAGCAAGGUGGUUUAUGAGAAGUGGUUCAAGGACCAUGGGGGAGCCAUUGUGAACAUCUCUGCCACCCUUGGCUACAGGGGUCAGGCUCUGCAGGUCCAUGCUGGUUCUGCCAAGGCAGCCAAUGAUGCCAUGACCAAGCACUUGGCGGUUGAGUGGGGACCCAGUGGGGUUAGGGUUAAUGCCCUGGCACCAGGUCCGAUUUCUGGAACGGAGGGCUUUCGUAGGCUGGGGGGCAACACAGCACAGGCUAUGGGUGCCUUUUCAUCCAUCCCACUGCAGCGUGCUGGCAACAAAACGGAGAUGGCCCACGGCGUGCUGUUCCUGGCCAGCCGCGCCUCCUCCUAUGUGACGGGCCACAUCAUGGUGGCGGACGGCGGGAGCUGGCUCACCUCGGCUAACGACGUGUCCAAGCUGCUGGGUAUAGCUUCCAAUCAAUCUGCUAAACUCUGACAAGGCUCCUUCCCCCGUCCCAGGCUAUUGGUCGGAUGAACUGAAAAGGGACAAGUAGAUGGUAAAGAUGAAGUGGCAUAUUUUAAAUAAACUGCUAAGUAUAAAGCAGUGGAUUGGUCAUUUAUGAUAACUGAAACUGGAAACCUACAUGUAUAAUAAUUGGACAAUAGUAGGUAAACACUAAAAUAUUAACUGAUAAUUAUUGACCCAAAAAUGCUUCUAAAAACCACAGCAAUGUAAUGUUAAAAACAGGAUGGUUGGGCCAAAUCAGGUUUCAAGUGUUGGAUACUUCAGUUUACACUACCUUUACAUUCAUAUUAUUCAGUAACUAUUUUGGUUUAAGAGUCAUUGUCCUGUGUCCUAAAGUUUGAUAAUUAAAAAAUAUUUUAUGACAUUUCAAAA